UACAACCCUAGUUCUCCCUCUCUCUUUCUCCAUUUGAAAAGAACGGCGCCGAUGGCCGGAGCUGGUAUAGAAGACGGUUUUCCGGCGGUGAAGCUUUUUAACCAAGGCUACUCCUACACAUACGACGAUGUCAUCUUUCUUCCUCAUUACAUCGACUUCCCUACCGAUUCCGUCAAUCUCAGCACAAAUCUCUCCCGCAACCUCUCCCUCUCAAUUCCAUGCGUUGCCUCUCCCAUGGACACCAUCUCCGAAGCUCAUAUGGCCGUAGCUAUGGCCGCUCUUGGCGGAAUCUCCAUAGUCCACUCAAACAACUCAUCCUCCGAGCAAGCCGCCAUUGUACGAUCCUCCAAGUCUCGCCGUAUCCCGUCUGUAUCAGAUUUAGUCAUCGUAUCUCCUUCCGAAACAAUCGAUUCGGUUCGAGAUUUCGCUUCCUCUCCUUGCAUUCUAGUAACCGAGUCCGGAACCAGUAAGUCGAAGAUCCUAGGCUUCGUCACGAGAUCAGAUUGGGAAUCACUGGUAAACAAAGACGUUAGAGUGUCUGAAUACAUGCAAAAAUCGAAUGUUUCAACUCUAUCUGAUUGCAGUUUCGAGGAAGCUGCAAGUUUCCUCGCAGCGAAAAACCUAGAGUUCGUUCCUUUGGUGAGCGAGGAAGAGGAAGAGGUUGUGGAUUUGAUUACAGCAGCAGAUAUAGAAAGAAUUCGCAGUUUCCCCAAACUUGGAAAACCUUCUACUGGAGCUGAUGGGAGAUUUAUGGUUGGAGCAUCUAUUGGAACGAGAGAAUCAGAUAAGGAGAGGUUAGAGCAGUUGGUGAAGGCUGGAGCUGAUGUUAUUGUGUUGGAUAGUUCACAAGGAAACUCAAUUUAUCAGCUUGAUUUGAUCAAAUAUGCAAAGAGAACUUAUCCGUCUUUGGAUAUUAUUGGUGGAAAUGUAGUGACAAUGUAUCAAGCUGAGAAUUUGAUUCAGGCUGGAGCUGAUGGACUGAGAGUUGGCAUGGGUUCUGGUUCCAUAUGCACCACGCAGGAGGUUUGUGCUGUUGGUCGAGGACAGGCUAUGGCAGUUUACAAGGUUUCUUCAAUUGCUGAAAAAUAUGGAGUCCCUGUAAUUGCUGAUGGUGGAAUUUCAAAUUCUGGUCAUAUUGUCAAGGCUUUAGUUCUAGGAGCUUCAACUGUUAUGAUGGGAAGUUUCUUAGCCGGAAGCCAUGAAGCUCCUGGAACCUAUGAAUACCAGAAUGAUUGUCGAGUAAAAAAAUAUAGAGGAAUGGGAUCUCUAGAAGCCAUGACUAAAGGGAGCGAUGCAAGAUAUCUGGGUGACACAGCUAAGUUGAAGAUAGCUCAGGGAGUUGUUGGAGCUGUAAAAGACAAAGGCUCUGUUUUGAAAUUCAUACCGUACACAAUGCAAGCUGUAAAGCAAGGAUUUCAGGAUCUUGGUGCAUCGUCUUUGGAAUCUGCUCACGAUCUUCUAAGAUCAUCUGUCUUGAGGCUUGAGGCCCGAACCGGAGCUGCACAAGUUGAAGGCGGAGUUCAUGGGCUUGUCUCUUAUGAGAAGAAAUCGUUUUGAAGGUGUUUUGGCGUUUUGAUCGGCAUUGUUUGGUGCAAUAAAGUUUAAUUUAUUUGUAUUCACACCUUCAAUUUUCAUGGGAAUUUUUUGAAUUGAUUAAUAUUAGUUUUAAAAGGCAU